AUGCGUCGCGCCCUCGCGCGCGUCCUCCACCGAGCGACGACGACGUCGACGACGACGACGUCGACGUCGUGCGCGAGCGCGUCCGCGCGCGCGUUCGCGCCGAGAGCGCCGAGAGCGACGACGAUGUGGUCGUCGCCGAGAACGCUCGCGACGAGAAGCGCGUCCACGUCGACGUCGUUCGCGUCGACGCCGUCGCGCGCGGCGUGGACGUCGACGACGACGCCGCGCUCGAUCUCGAUGCGGUUCAGGACGUACGCGAAGAAGAUCGCGGUGAAGAAGGGCACGGGGAAGACGUCGACGAAGAUCAAGAGCUACUCGAGCUACAGGUUCAGGUUUAAGAUGUCGGGGAGCGGGAGGAAGAUCAUGCGGAAGCAAAAGGGGAAGCGACACUGCGCGUUCGCGAAGACGCCGAAGCGACGGAGGAUGCUGAGGAAGACGACGACGGUGGACGCGACGUUGGUGCAGCCGAUGAAAAAGUUGGGGUUCUCGUGA